AUGAUUAAAUUAUUCUCAACAGCAUUAAGACCAGUUAUUACACAAUAAUGUUAUUUAAAAAGAUAGUUUAUCUAUAAUUUUGCUAAAAUUAGUAAGAAAGAUUAGGAAAGAAUGGAUAAGAAAUAAGAGAAGUAAAAUCUUGGACUUUCUAAAACAAUUGAUUUUUCAGUAUAUCAAACAAAGUUUGAUUAAUAUGCUCAAAAGUUUUAAGAAUCAUUAAAGAAAUUAUAAGUUGGUAAAUUAUCACCUGAAAUGUUGGACAGAGUUUCAAUUUAAGCAUAUGGUGAAAAAUUGGCUUUGUCUUCUUUAGCUUAAGCAUCAUAGAAAUCCUAAGGAGUAUUGAUUUUAAAUGUAUUUGAUGAGUCAACAAUUAUGGAUGUUAUGAAAGUAUAGUUAAUUUGAGUUAUAAGGCUUUAGAAAAUUCAGACCUUAAUUUAUAAGUUAAGAAGUAGGACAAAUAAAUUGUAUGUCAAUUAGCUUAAGGUAAUACUAAGGAGAGUAGAAUCAUUGCAGUAAAUAAUUUAAAGAAAUUAAUGGAGGAUGCUAAACAAAAUCUAAGAUAAAUUAGACAUGAAUGCAUAGAUGAUGUAAACGAUUAUUUAACUUAAGUUAAAACCUUAUAAAAAAAUAACAUCUGAAGAUACAAUGAGAUAAGCAGAAAAAUAAAUACAAGACUUAUUUGAAAAAUAAACUCAAUCUUUGGAUUCUAUAUAUAAAUCAAAAGAGAAAGAGUUAUUGAAUAAUUGA